UCCGGUAGUCGUCGCCGUGUUAGCCGUGUGUUUAAGCGUCGUAGUGAAAAACUGAUCUGUACGGCGACCUUUUUAUUUUUUUGUCGUGUGUUAUUCCUUUACCGAGAGAACCGCACCGCGCCGAUUCACCGUAAUAAAGCAUGGAGUGUCUUGUGGGAGUCGCCUUCAAGGAUUUCGUGCUGCUGGCGGCCGACAGAACGACUGCUUUCAGCAUCAUAGUUCUCAAGCACGAUGAGGAAAAGAUCCACAAGCUGAGCGACAAGUUGCUCAUGGCCGUCUGUGGGGAGGCUGGUGACACAGUCCAGUUUGCCGAGUUCAUUGCCAAGAACAUCCAGCUAUUCAAGAUGCGCAAUGGCUACGAACUCUCACCGGCUGCUGCGGCCUGCUUCACUCGGCGGAACCUUGCAGACUACCUCAGGAGCAGGACCCCGUACUCAGUCAACGUGCUCCUGGCCGGCCAUGAUGACGCUUCGGGCCCUGAGCUCUACUACAUAGACUACCUGGCAACCAUGGCAAAGGUGCCCUUCGCGGCACACGGCUACGGAGCUUUCUUCCUCAUGUCGGUGCUCGACAGGUACUACAGGGAAGACAUGAGCGAGGAGGAAGCGAUCGAUGUGCUGAAGAAGUGCGUUAGUGAGGUCCAGAAGCGCUUUCUGGUCAACCUCCCUGCCUUCCGAGUGCAGGUUGUCGACAAGAACGGCAUCAGGAACAAAGAUGACAUUUCCAUCACUCCUAACCCUGCCUUAAGUUUUUGAGAACGCCUACUAGGUCUUUUUUUUUUUUGCAUGUUCUCUCAACAUUGAAUAAAGUCUGCUGAUGGCGCUUACA